AUGGGUGAGGGAUUGGAAUGCCUAAUGUUGAGUUCUGGGAACAAUGCAAUCCGCGGGAGUAGCACAUUGUCAUCAACUGAUGUCCCUCCACUGCCUCAGUGUCUGAUGUUGGAGCCGAUUACAUUAGGCAAUCAGAAAUAUACACGCGCUGGAGAGCUGAGGAGGGUUCUGGAUACCUCUCUCGGAAGCACUUCAGGGAAUUCUGUUGGAGCUGGUCAUGUGAAGCCUACACCUCCCGUAGCGAGAGAGGAUUUAAAGAACUUUAAAGAGAGUGUGCAAGAUGCAUCUAGAAAAGCCAGGUAUCUCUUUUUAUUUGUUUGA